CCCAAAAUUUAAUUGCAGAGCACGAAAAUGAUGUUUCAAAAUUGAUCACAAUGAGUUGAAAGACGCUAUCUCCGACCAUGAGUAGUUUGAGCGGAGUGUGCCUACGGAGAUCUUCUGCCGUAGACGUGCAUCUUCUCCAAGAUGUCCGCUGCUUUUCGGCCGUGACUGGCUCUCCGUGCCGCGUCAAACCUAGUCCUGGCUGCGCGAGCACUUCGUUUGUGGAGAAUGUGAAACCUCACAGCAGAAUCGCGCAGGCUGCAACCAUAGUUUCCACAAAGAGAUGGUCGGGUGGCAACCAUCACACGAGAGGCACCACCAUUGUAGACUUGAGUCGCAUCGUGGAGCUCCACAAGAGUAUGUUGCCCGACGAGCUGCUGCAGGAAUGCAGGAAGCUGAGCAAGACGAGAAGCGCGCGGCCCGAGGGCAUGGCGCAGCCACCACCGGCAGAAGCCAUUAGCGCGGCGUGCGCGCCGCUCAAGGAGUACGUGCUGAACGAGUGCACCGGGAAACUUGUCAGCGUGAUCGGCUCUCUGUGCGCCAGCAUGAACCACUGGAUGCCCGGCUUCUCGUUUGACACCUUGCCCAUGAUCUGUGGACGCAUGGCCGGCAAUAUGAAGCUGCUGAGUGUGCCGGAGAUCAUUGCGUUCGCCGAGAUUCUGCCACACUCCUCGCCCGUGUCUGUUCGUUUGUGCAACGAGGUAGCUCAGAUACUGUUGCCGGUGCGUCACCUGCUUGCACCCAAGCAAAUGGCAUCGUGCCUGUGUUUCCUGGGCCGCGGUACAGACCCCGCUGUGCAUGAGCUACUGCAGCACUGUGGCAACCUGAUGACGAUGCCGCAGCUUAGACAGCUGUCUCUGCCGCUGCUACUGGGCUGCACACAGGCGGCAUACUGCAAGCAGCUGGCGUUACAGCCCUUCGUCGCCAACCUGACGUCCGUACUGGAGACACAUCCCGACCUGGAGAAGAGUGCCAUGACGCUGCACGUGGCCUGCCACCAGCUGGUCGACAACGGUUACAAGCUGCCGGAGGCUCUGGUUGCACGCUACCACCGCUGCUUACCGCCAGCAGCUGCACUGGAGCAGAUGUCGGCAGAGCGUCUAGCUCAGAUCAUGGCCGUGCUCUCAUGCGUUCCCACAUCGGCCGAGCGUAUCGGCACCGAGCAGCAGGUCGCCAUGGCGCUGCUCGCUGACAUCAGCAAGGUGCCGAAAGCGCGGCUCGUCACGCUACUGCGAGCCGCCAAGCGCAGCAUGUGCCACAGUCGGGCCUUGCCCAGCGUGGUGUUUGCCAUCAGUGCCGAUCCCGGAACGAGUCAGAUUUCGCUCGACGACUUUCACUUUGUCCUGUCGAGCGCCAAGUCGCUGCAGGUGGUGGACCGCGGCCGUGUACUGCACUGGGCGUUGCAUGUUUUCGGAGCCAAGGUGCAGUCGCUCACAGCCGCUGACAUCCCGGACUUCUUGCAGUGCUUACUGCUGCUGCCCGCUCCGGAAAGUAGAACCCAGUGGCAGUAUGCGGAGCAGUUUGCGGCGCUCGUCAACAGCCUGAUCACGUUCACGUCGUCUCAGCCAGAGUCCUUGUUCACCAUGGCCCAGCUAGAUCACUUUGUUCAAGUCAUGGAGAGAUCCAAAUUUGCACCUAGUAUCAGCCAGUUGCGGUCGCUGUUUCUGCCGAGGAUGGCUUCAUCAUCGCCCGCGGAGCUGGUCAGCUGUUUGAGACGCAUCCACUCUGCCUUCGGCCGGUCGCAGCCAGAGAUUGUCGACCUAGCCAUUGGUGUCCUGGAGAAAGACCGCCUGGACCAGCUGGAAAUCUCCGACCUCGUCUGGAUGGUGAAGUACUUUGAGGAGUGUCCAGUUGAAUAUCAAAUCACUGUCAAAGGAGGUCACCAAUUCUUACUGGAGGCUCUGAGUGGCCACGUUACCUCUGGGCAGCUCUCUGCAGCAGACCUCAGUGAACUUGGUGGCCUGCUACGAUUGGGUGCGGUUGCCUAUCCUCUGUUGCAUCAUGUGACAGAACAUCUGUAUAAAGAGUUAGCCAGUUUGUCAACACUGCAGCUUAAAAAAUUCCAUCGUAUCGUGACCAGCUUGGUGAUGCCCGACAGAAAUAUACUUGAUCGUGUUCAGGAAGCAGUUCGAAAGAAUGCGUCGCUGAGUAAGGUGGGCGAGCUGCAGGCUCUCAUACCCAUGAGCGUGUCAACCUUGCAUUUGGCCAGCAUCGAUCGUCUCCUCACGGAGAUUGCUGACGGCGAUGGCAUGCGAGAGGCCAAGUCGCUGCUGGACCAUGCCAGCCUUCUCCCGUUGCUCUACAAACACGGUAUGCUGUCUAAGGGUGCCUACCUUGGACGGAAGCUGGGCGAGGAAAUGACCAGGCGGUAUGCUCACAUCAUGAAAUACGAGGUGAAGUUUGAGUACCCCUGGCUACUCUACUGCAUCAGCAUGGUCUCACCAGUGCCGAGAGAGCUGCUGAGGAUCUGCCAGGCCAUUGUACCCGACCUCCGACCACUGGACGCUGUCUAUGUGCUGAGCGCUUAUGCAUCCGCAGGGUCGGUGCCUGAAAGCGUGCGUGCUCUCUUUGCCAGGGAAAUCGUGGCCGGCUGGUAUCUAGUGCCGCCGGAGUGGCAAGGCAGACGGGCGCUCGCCCUGGUCAAGCUGGACUUCCUAGGCAGUGAGCACAUCGUGCAGCUCUCCAUGGAGGGCCUGCAGCAGCACGACCCGCGUGUUGCCAAGCUCCUCAAGGCAGCUCACAUCAGCCAGCCAUCACUAGUGAAGGCGACGAUCAGCAGCCUUGAGCAGGGCACACCGGACAAUGCCAGGACCUGGUGCAGGAUGCUUCUGCAUCUACUGUCGCACUGUUCGGAAGUACAGUACGACGCCGGUCUGUUGCGUGAGCUGGAGCAGGUCGCUGGCACCGACAUCCAGUACGACACGCUGGACACACUGAGACUGGCCGCCACCGAGUGGAUGCAGCUGUGCCAGAGCGGUGGCGGUGUGCUGCGCCUCUCUGACCACUGCUGGCAGCUCUUACACCAGGCGUACCCUGGCAAACUGAUGUUCGAUGGAGAGGAGGCGGACGCGGAGGAGGCCGAGUUCGCCAUGCUGCUAAACGGCGUUGGCCACGUGCAGUUCGGUACGGAUCGUCUUCACAAGGACUCCGUGCAGCUCCUGGGAGGGAGGCACUGCCGCAAUGUUUCCAAGGCCUACUUUGACUGUAACAGUCACUGUUCAGAUGAUCCCAGCGCCGACGCUUGCUCCGACUGGUCUCUGCGCUCGCAUCUGGUGCACUGCAUUGGACUGGCCGCACGGGGCGAGACCUGGGAAAGUGCUGGCCUGCUAGCAUCCUUCGACGACUGGUCAACGGAUGCACCUGACCUUGAUAUCUCUUCUAAUGCUUCCACUCCCACUGGCAAUGAGCCCAUUGAAGACAAGUCACCAGCUUGUGUCGCUCAUGCGGAUGGCACAGCGGAUUCAAGCAGUUCUCAAUCAUCGUCAAUACCCGAGAGGGUGGCAUCAGUUGGCGAGGCAACGACUAAUACCGCAACAACAGCAACAGCGGUGACUGCUUACAGCUGGCAGCUGCCAGGUGCUGUCGACGACGGCAGUGCAGUGGCUGAAAAGCCGCAGGUGCUAUGCCAGCCACUCGAUCUGUCUCUGCUGUCGCUGGCCAGGAAUGAUGAUGAUGCGGAUGUGUCACGGUUUGUGCACGGUCCCACUGUGGACAGGAGAUCGGGCAUACUGGUUGAUGCGGCCGUGGCCCUCGGCCCGAAUGGCUCCUUGCUGCCGUUCGAUGCAAGGUUGUCAGCGGAAAAUGGCCGUCUGCCCUGGGGCCCGCCAGAGUGGCCACAGGGCACCUCUCUCCGCAUGGCUGUGUGUGUGCUACGAGCGGAGCACUAUCUACGCUUUUCCGGGCGACUGCGGCUUGAUGUCGUCGCCAAGCUGCGUAUCUUAGAGGGUCUCGGCUGGACUGUUCAGACGGUCAACGCAAGCAGUCUGCAGUCGAGUCAUGCCCAGCUUCACAUGCGCUCCCUGUUGAAACGAAUCCAGGCCACUCAGCUACAUGGUGCUGGCCGAGAUCAAGAGACUGCAGUGUAGCUAGCAUGAUGCACUGUCAUGAUGAGGACCACAGCCACAGCCGCAGAACUGUACAUAGGAUUACUACAUACGACGUGCCGUCAUCGCAAGACCUGCAUUCGGAUAUUGCACUGUACAUAACGCUCCAUGCAAUUGUAUCAUAGCUCUCUCAUUAUGUGCUCGCUACUGAACAAAGCUAACCGCAUGCCCCCACCCCCACAUGCGCUGCACAUAUUGUUAUUUAUUCCCGUGGUAACAGCUGGCUCUGUACUCCCUUUCAUUACAUUAGGUCGCGUUUCCCUUGUUUUUCAUCUAAAAGUUAAAGUAGGGAUGUUUUUUUUGUUGAGAGCUAACUGCUCUUGAGCCCCAACUUAUUUAUUACUUGAGCAAUUUCCAUCAUUUUCAAGAUUCUAGUAUCAUCAUUCUACUUAGAAUGCUCUCAUCUCGAUCUACAA